ACACGUGACACAAGAUCACCAGAAUGCGGAAAGAGUCCCGAGGAUCUUGUUAAGGGGGUUUACGGUUUAUCAACAAAGCGUAUAAGCGGCAAUUAAACGGUUUAAUUUUCUAAUAUUUGGGCGUUUGUGUUGUCAAGGAAGAAACGGACAUUUGAAAACACAAACCCUGCUGCUAAAAUAAAAGCAAAAUGUCAUCGGAAGAGUUUGAAAAGCUGCAGGAGAUCUUCAAAUCCRUGUAUGACGAACUGAAGUUGAUGCCCGACAGAUUACUGAAAUGUCAAGGAGCUGCAAGGGAUGGAGCAGGAGUUGGUCGGAGUCCCCUCGUCCUACCGCAACACCAUGUCCACCAAGCUGCGUCUGUACCGCAGAGACCUGGGGAAGCUCCAGAGAGAGGUGAAGAGCUCUGAUCUGUCCUCCACCUCCUCUACCCGGCCAGCAGAGGGCGCCUACGGCAUCUACUCCUCUCAGAACGAACACAGCACCCAGCUUCAGUCUCAGAGGGUCUUGCUGCUCCAGGGACACGAGCACCUGAACAACGCCAGUCAGAGUAUAGAGAGGAGUCAGCGCAUCGCCGCAGAGACAGACCAGAUCGGCGUGGACAUCAUCGAGGAGCUGGGAGAGCAGAGAGAACAGCUGGACCGCACCAGAGACCGACUGGUCAACACCGGGGAGAACCUCAGCCGGACCAGGAAGAUCCUACGAGCCAUGUCUCGACGACUGAUGACCAACAAGCUGUUGUUAUCCGUCAUCAUUCUGAUGGAGCUGGUCAUUCUGGGUGCAGUCGUCUACCUCAAGUUUUUCCGCAAGUAGUAGACCCUGACGCGGCAACAAGCAAUAUAGGUCGCAGCAGCGCUCAGCAAAGCUCUCUUCUCCCUGUCCUCUCCGCUCUCUUUUCUGUCCUU